AUGGAUUUGCUUCUCGAACAGUCAGAUGUUGAGAUAACCGAGGUCGAUCACGAUGGUCGGACUAUCCUGCACUACAUAUGUGGCGGGCUCGACAAAGAGUACCCAGUCCUCGAUCUGAUCGAGACCGUGCUUCAAGCAGGCGUCCCGCUUGACCAGGAAUCUGCGACUGGUUUGACGGCUUUCCACCAAGUACUCUGCAGUGGGUAUUGGAGCGUCGCCCUGUUUCUACUCGACCGCGGUGCAGAUCCCAUGAUUUCAAAGCGUUUCAAGUACAAUCACAGCCUGCUGCAUAUCAUCUUGAAACAUUCUGACAGCCACGAUGGAAAAUGCGAACUAGUCGGCAGGCUCAUCGAGAAAGGCAUUGAGGUCGAUACUUACACUGACUCGCCUGUUUUCGAUCCCCGGUUCAAUGAGGACGACAAGAUCGAAAACGUCAUAGGUAUACGAUCCCCAGAUACUCUUGUCAGCUCAGAUUGUACUCCGCUCUUGUUGGCAUCAACGCGCGAGUACAGCCUCAACAACAUGAAGAUGCUCCUUGCGGCGGGAGCAGACCCGAGUGCGCACGUCAUCAUCAGAGAUGUAGAGUUUGAGGGCAAGACAAAUGGUAAUCGUCAGGUGUUUCUAUCCGGAGUGUUUCGCCAUGUCUGGGAGCCUCUUAGCCAAGGCGAAGGUGAACUCCUGGAACAUGUAGAUCCCAUCGAGGUGUUGCUCCAAUUUGGUUCACGGCUAGAUUUUGAUGGCCCAGCGGAUAGUCCGCUCCAGGAAGCCUGCAAAGUAGCAGAAAAGGGACAGUUUGCUUUGUUGAAGAUUUUGCUGGGCCUUUCCGAGGCAAGGAAUGUUAGCGAAAGCCAUGUUGAUAAGUUAAUCUCCGCGUACAAGGACAAGACGGAGUACACUAAGAUUCACGAGAGGCUGGAAAUUUUUAAGAAAAGGGAAUUCAUCGAUUAG